CGUGUCCGUCAAGGAACAAAUGCUCCUUCCAAAGUAGAAGAAAGGGGUGGGUGACGGAGGAGGGGGAGAAAUUGGGCUCGAAGGGAACCGAGGGUCAAAAGUUACCCGCGUACGUGCCGUUCGCGCCUUCCCCCGUCGCUAGCCGAUUAAGCCGAGGUGAAAUAAAAGCGCCCAGACGCUGAGGAAAGAAACCUGCCUGCUUGGCGUUGUAUUUGCCAGCCGCUGGCACUCUAGCGACUCUGGGGAAAAUUCGUGCCUGACCGAACGCAAAGCCCCAACUCCCGGUCCCAAUUCACUCCGGAGACCGGCUAGUUGGGUUUCUAGAGCAACUGGCAAGGGGAAGGCUUGGAAGGGACGAGGAGUCGCUCUGCCCUGGGGGGGGGGGGAUUGGAAAACAGCCCAUCGAGAGGUGAUGAUGUAGGUUGAGCCGGGAGAGAGAAAAGGCGCAACCCAGAAGAGAAAGUGAAACCAGAUGCCACCUGCUCUGACUCCGCCAUUCCAGCUUUCGAGGUAGAAAAGGCGCCCAAGUGGGUGUCGGAAGCAGCCGGGGGAGAGCCUGUACCUCUAAGCGCCGGUUGCUUGGCUCCUGGUCCUGCUGAAGGCACACACGGGGAAGAGGCGCGUCAGUCCUCGGCCAAGUGUAGCCGCUUCGGCACUGAGGUGCCCUUAGUCGUCCCCCCAUUUCUGUUCUUGUUCAUGUUGCCUGUCUUGGGCGGAGGCCGCUCUCGGCUCGGCGGUCCCGGGGAUUCCUUUUGGCCUCUCGCCCGCAGCCUUGCCUGCGGGAGCAGAAGCCAUGGAGGUUUUCCUCUGCCCCUCUUGCCACUUACCGCUGUGGGAGCCGGUGACCGUGUCGUGCGGCCAUUCCUUCUGCAGAAGAUGCCUGGGAGAAGAUUUGCCUUCUAAGUGCCUCGUCUGUGCCGACGAGCUCGUCUGCCUGGGCUCGAAAACUGUGAGCUGCAACUUCCUGCUGUGCGAUUUGUUGGAAAAAUGCUUGGAUAAAGACACCAGACUGGCCCGGCUGAAAAUCGACUUGGAGGACCUGCUCAGGAGUGGAAACUACACGGGAGCAUUGAGGAUCCUGAAGAAAGGACUCGGCUUAGCUCCAGAUGAUCUUGAACUGAGGGUAUGUCGUUCAGAAGUAUAUGUGGCUUUGCAGCGAUACCCAGAGGCACUGAAGGAUUUGGAAGUGCUGUGUAUUCAAGAACCAGAAGAAUGUGAGAUUUUUUUCCGGAAGGGAAAGAUACUCCUGGAAAUGGGAUGCAAAUCUGAGGCCCUGCAGCAGUUCCAGCAUUGCCUCACACUGAAUUCCAACUUUCAUGCUGCUCAGUGUGAGACAGAAAAGGUUCUCACAACUGAUGACUUCCCUCUCCUAGAUACUGUUCUGGAACUAAAGAGAGAUGUCAGUCAGAACCUGAAAGAGUCAAAUUCAGGAAAAGACCCAACUUUACUUAUGCCUUCUGAAGGCGAGUCUCUACAGGACUUAAAGCAAAGCAAAGAAGUUUGGCAUGAAGGAACUAUAUGUGAUGAGAAUCUGACAUCACAUACCCUGCCAGAAUGGUUGCAGAAGAAGUCAAAUUCUAUUGUUUUUGCAAAAAAGGAAGAAACAGAGAAGGGGGCAGUAGCAGAAACAACAGGAGCAGAGUCUAUGCAAGACAUCAGAAGCCUUUUGAGUACAUCUGACUUGGAAUGUUCCCUUUGCAUACGUAUGUUCUUUGAGCCAGUGACGAUACCUUGUGGCCAUACUUUCUGCAAAGAGUGUGUGGAGCGCUGCCUAGACCAUAGGCCCAACUGCCCACUUUGCAAACAGAGCCUGAGAGAGUACCUGAAGGCUGGGAAAUACCGUACCACAGUAGUAUUGGAGGAGCUUAUGUUGACCAUCUUCCCUUCACAGUUGGCAGACAGAAAGCAGAUCCACCAGACCGAGAUGGCUGAACUCUCAAACCUGACCAAGAAUAUCCCUAUCUUUGUAUGCACACUGACUUUUCCAGGCAUUGUGUGUUCCCUUCAUGUAUUCGAGCCUCGUUAUCGCCUUAUGAUUCGAAGGUGUCAGGAGACUGGCACGAAGAUGUUUGGAAUGUGUAUGUUUGAGAAUGGUAAGAGUUUUGCUGACUAUGGCUGCAUGUUGGAGAUUCAGAAAAUAGAUUUUCUUCCUGAUGGACGGUCUUUUGUGAACACAACAGGCAAGCGGAGGUUCCGGGUUUUGAGACGGGGGCACAAGGAUGGUUACAACACUGCUGAUAUUGAAUACUUGGAAGAUGAAAAGGUAGAAGGAGAAGAAUUGGCUGAGCUCCAGAAGUUGCAUGACUGCACAUACCAGCUAACACAGAAGUUUUAUGAAAAUGGCUAUAUGACAUUUAGACACAGCUUGAUGCACUAUGGUCCCCUUCCCGAAAAAGAGGAGGACAUACAGGCAUCUCCUGAUGGACCAUCUUGGUGCUGGUGGCUUAUAUUAACCUUGCCCCUUGACGUGAACCGCAAGUUAGCUAUCUUAUCUGACACAUCCCUGAAGAGCCGUCUCACUCAAUUGAAGAAUAUUCUGAAUGUUAUUUUGGAAAGUAGUGAAUUCAGUAGCUAGCUCUCCAGUGUCUUUCCAGAAAGAAAUCUACAGAGCACAAGGACGGUAUUAACUCUGUGCUGUAUCCUCCACCAUUUUUCUUGGUGAGGUUGGAGUAAAGCCUUAACUGUUUUUUGUUUUUCUUUUUGCUCUCUGUAUGUGUAUUUGUUUUGUGUUGUAGACUUGACCUCAGCAAUAGUCAGUGAACCAAUAAAUGGAAACAGGCAUGAAA